AUGAACGGCAUGCCCUCUGGAGCCAGAGUCCUUGGCUCGGCCGGUCCGAUCCACUAUGUGCUGAGCAUUGAAGAGGACCUGCUGCACCCAUCCAGGAAGCUCCUGGCCUCCGCUGCGUCCGGCUGGCGGCGAACGUGUUGGUGGGACGCGCGGUCAUGCGCCUGCGAGCGGCCGGCUAGCCUCCGCGCCUCCCUGCAGAGAACCGCCGUCUCCGCCCUCCUCGCCGGGGCGCUGCUCGAGGCCACCGCGUCCGUCGGCGCCCGCAGCGGACUCCCCGGCGUCGCCGUGGGCUCCACGGGCAGGGCCAUGCUCAAAGAACGCCAGCUGUGCGGCGCAGUGGCGGCGUCCAACGUCAUGCCCGUCAGCGUGGCGGGCAUCAGCAAGGAGCUGGCGGACCUGCAGCACCUGGUGCAGUUCCCCGAGGAGAUCGCCAGCAUCCUGACGGAGCAGGAGCAGCAGCUGUACCAGCGCGUCUUCCCCCUCGACUACCUCUGCUUCCUCACCCGCGACCUGGGCACGCCCGAGUGCCACAAGCGCCACCCGCACCUCAAGGCCUCCCUGUCCGCCCCCACCAUGCCCACCCAGAGCAGCCGCCGCAACGGCGUGGAGGACCUGGUCACCCGCUUCAACGAGGUGAGCUCCUGGGUAACCUGGCUGAUCCUGACAGCUGGCUCCAUGGAAGAAAAGCGUGAGGUCUUCUCCCACCUGGUCCACGUCGCCAAGUGCUGCUGGAACAUGGGCAACUACAACGCCGUGAUGGAAUUCUUGGCCGGCCUCAGGUCCCGUAAGGUGCUGAAGAUGUGGCAGUUCAUGGACCAGUCGGACAUCGAGACCAUGCGCAACCUGAAGGACGCCAUGGCGCAGCACGAGUCCUCGUCCGAGUACCGAAAGAUGGUGAACCGCGCCCUCAACAUCCCCGGCUGCAAGGUGGUGCCCUUCUGCGGCGUCUUCCUCAAGGAGCUCAGCGACGCUCUGGACGGCUCCGCCAGCUUGAUCAGCCUCCGCCCCAAAUUCGACGCCCAGGAGGACUCCAUCGAGUUUGUCACAGACUACAACGGCCAGGACAACUUCCUGCAGCGGGCGGGGAAGGACGGCCUCAACAACCCCGAGAAGGAGGCCACGGUCAGCAAUAUCCUGCAGACCAUCCGCAGCUGCAACCGCAGCCUGGAGUCGGAGGAGGGGGAGGACAGCGGGCGCGAGGGCACCUCCUCCCGCAAGAACUCCUUCAAAGAGAGGAGCAGGAACCAUUCACUCCCUGUCAGGAAAACAUCCGAUUCAAGCCACGUCUUGUUCAUAGUGGGGGACCUCUCGGACUCAGAUGGAGAUUUGUCAGAACAGGCCAAGGAGGUGGAGUUCCAGGGGGUGGAGGAGACGCAGAAGGCCUUCACCCACGGGACGGAGCUCAUCCCCUGGUACGUGCUCUCCAUCCAGGCCGAUGUCCACCAGUUUCUCCUGCAGGGGUCCACCGUCAUCCACUUCGACCAGGAGUCCCACCUGACGGCCCGCUGCUUCCUGCGGCUGCAGCCCGACAACUGCUUCCUGACCUGGGCCCGGCCCCAGAGCAGCGGCCUCAGCAACUGCAAGCCCCAGUACUUCGGGCAGGUGGUGCUCAACGGCCUGACAGAGGGCUUUCUGGACAUUUCCGUCGUGAAGGCCGUCUUCAUGGGCCACCCGGCAGUGGACAUCCACGCCGUGUGCCUGCAGAACAAGCUGUGCAACAUGACCCAGGAGGAGAACGGGAUCACCCUGCUCUACGGCCUCAACACAACCGACAACAAGCUCCUGCACUUUGUGGCCCCCAAGUUCACAGCCCGCAUGCUGUACGACGGGCUGAAAGAGCUCGUCAGCGCGGUGAGGAAAAUGAAGAGGUUUCCUGACCAGAGGCUUCAGUGGCUGAGGAGACAGUAUAUUAGCAUCUAUCAGGAGGACUGCAGGUAUGAGGGCCCGACGCUGGCCCAGGCCAUAGAGCUGUUCGGAGGCCGUCGCUGGAACAUGGGCACUUCAAGCACGGAGAAGCCCGGCGCGCAGAAGAACAGCCCCCUGGGAAUUAACACCACCAAGAAAAAGAAGAAGGCCCUCAUGAGGGGUGACAGCGGGGACGCCACGGACGAUGAAAUGGUGUCGCGGAAGACCAGGAGCUGUAAGGAGUCCCUGGGCCGGAGCGGGUCGGACCCCACCGACAGCGUGGAUCCGGAGGAGCAGGAAGAUGGCAGUGCCCUGGGCCUCCCCGGACCCCUGUCCUUGUCGGCUAGUAAAGGCCAGUCCCCCAGUGGCUCCUCCUCCUCCUCCUCCAGCAUGUGCUCCUCCACCCCCGCCCGGCCACUCUCCUCCCCCAUCCUGCCCUCCGGCUCCAAACCUCAGACAGGGGCCUGGAGCAGCCGUAGCUGGCACGGGCGGGGGAAGGGCUGCCUCAGGGGCUUUCAGAACUUCAUGAUCUCCGACAGCAUCAUGAGCUUCACCGAGUUCGUGGAGCUCUUCAAGUCCUUCAGCAUUCGAAGCCGGAAGGACCUUAAGGACUUGUUUGAUGCUUACGCUGUGCCCUGUAGCCGCUCUGCCCAAGAAUCUGCUCCCCUCUACACAAACCUGAGAAUUGAUGACAAGGUCACCGGGCUGCAGCCUGACCUUGACCUCCUGACACGCAACGGCUCUGACUUGGGCCUCUUCAUCCGGACCAGGCAGCAGAUGUCGGACAACCAGAAGCAGAUCUCGGAUGCCAUUGCGGCGGCCAGCAUUGUGACCAAUGGCACGGGCGUGGAGAGUGCCUCCCUGGGGGUUCUGGGCAUGGACAUCCUGCAGCUCAAUGACUUCCUUGUCAACUGCCAGGGGGAGCACCUCACCUAUGAUGAGAUCCUCAGCAUCAUCCAGAAAUUUGAGCCAUCUGUGAGCAUGCGCCAGAUGGGCUGGAUGUCUUUUGAGGGUUUUGCAAGGUUUUUGAUGGACAAGGACAACUUUGCGUCCAAAUGCGAGGAGUCUCAGGUGGAUGAAGAAGACCUUCAGUACCCACUGUCCUAUUAUUACAUCGCCUCCUCACACAACACGUACCUCACGGGUCACCAGCUGAAGGGAGAGUCCUCCGUGGAGCUCUACAGCCAGGUGCUGCUUCUGGGCUGCAGGAGUGUGGAGCUGGACUGCUGGGACGGAGAUGAUGGGAUGCCCAUUAUUUACCACGGUCACACCCUGACUACCAAGAUCCCCUUCAAGGAUGUUGUGGAGGCCAUUAACCGGACAGCAUUCGUCAAUUCUGACAUGCCUGUCAUUCUAUCCAUUGAAAACCACUGCUCCUUGCCCCAGCAACGGAAAAUGGCAGAAAUCUUCAAGACGGUGUUUGGGGACAAGCUAGUGACGAAGUUCCUGUUCGAGAGCGAUUUCUCCGAUGACCCCCUGCUCCCCUCCCCUCUGCAGCUGAGGGGCAAGAUCCUCUUAAAGAACAAGAAGCUGAAAGCGCACCAGGCCCCCGUGGACAUUCUCAAACAGAAGGCACACCAGCUGGCCCACAUGCAGGCGCAGGCUAGCAACGGCACCUCGGCCAGCAGUUCCCCUGGCAACAAUGAGGAUGAGGAGGAGGAGGAAGAUGAGUAUGACUAUGACUACGAGUCCCUUUCUGAUGCUGACGUCCUCACUGCCACUACUGCCCCUUGUGGACAGGAAGAUAAUAUCCUGGACGAUCGGCCAGAGGGGAAAUCAUCCAGCGACAAGCUCCAGUACGAGUCCAACGACGAGAUGCCGAAGAGGAUGAAGAAAGCAGACAGCUCCACUCAGAGCAAAGGGAAGAUUUUUGAUAUGGAGCUGGGGGAGGAGUUUUAUCUUCCCCAGAACAAGAAAGAGAGCCGACAGAUAGCUCAGGAACUCUCUGAUUUGAUCAUAUACUGCCAAGCUGUCAAGUUCCCAGGCCUUUCCACCCUGACUCCGUCGGGCUCUGGCAGAGGGAAAGAUCGUAAGAGCAGGAAAUCCAUCUUUGGCACCAAUCCUGGUAAAAGCAGCCCCGGGGAGACAGUGACGCUGGUCCGUGCCCCAGGGAAAGGUUCCUUAGAAGGCAUGCGGCUGAGCUGGGAGGAGCAGACGUCGCCGCUGCUGAGCACCGGCGCCUCCCUGAGCGCCAUCAUCCGCACGCCGCGCUGCUACCACAUCUCCUCGGUCAACGAGAACGCGGCCAAGCGGCUCUGCCGCCGCUACUCGCAGAAGCUGAUCCAGCACACCGCCGGCCAGCUCCUGCGCACCUACCCCGCCGCCACGCGCAUCGACUCCGCCAACCCCAACCCGCUCACCUUCUGGCUCCACGGCAUCCAGCUGGUGGCGCUCAACUACCAGACCGACGACCUGCCCAUGCAGCUGAACGCGGCCGUGUUCGAAGCCAACGGGGGCUGCGGCUAUGUGCUCAAGCCGCCCGUGCUGUGGGACAGGAACUGCCCCCUCUACCGGAACUUCUGCCCCCUGGAGCGGGACGUGGAGAGCAUGAGCCCCUCGCUCUUCUCCCUGACGAUCGUGUCGGGCCAGAACGUGUGUCCCGGAAACACCACGGGCAGCCCCUGCGUGGAGGUGGACGUCCUGGGCAUGCCGGUGGACAGCUGCCACUUCCGCACCAAGCCCAUCCACCGGAACACCCUCAACCCCAUGUGGAGCGAGCACUUCCUGUUCCAGGUCUACUUUGAGGACAUGGCCUUCCUGCGCCUCGCCGUGGUGGAGAACAACAGCUCGCAGGUCACCGCCCAGAGGAUCCUCCCCAUCAAAGCCCUCAAAGCAGGGUACAGACACCUGGGGCUGAGAAACCAGCACAACGAGGCCCUGGAGGUGUCCAGCCUGUUCAUUUACAGCCGGAGAACUGAGGAAAGCCCUUCCGGAAACUCCAUACCCGCUUCUGUGCUGUUCGGCACAGACGAGCGUCGGGCUGCGGCUCAGUCCAGGGUCACGGUUCAUGGAGCCCCGGGCCCAGAGCCCUUCACUGUGGUGUGCGUGAGUGAGAAGACCACCGCCCGGCAGCUCCUGUCCACUUUGCUGCCCUCCUCCCCUGUGUCGGACUAUUACCUGUCAGAGGAGAAGCUGAGCCUGUCAAAAGAGAGGAGCGAUACCAAGAAGCCGCCCCAACAGCGCCCCCUAGCGCCGGAGGAGGAGAUCCUGACAGUGAUCAGCAGCUGGACUCCGGAUGAGGGCUACGUGGGAAGGAUUUGCCUAAAAACCAAAGAAGAGAACCUGAAUGAAAAGAACUCUGUGUCAGAGGGGGUGGAGGAGGUGACCAGCAGCACGGAGGAAGACACCUUCUUCGUUCAGGUGCACGACGUGUCCCCAGAGCAGCCGCACACCGUCAUCAAAGCCCCACGCUACAGCACUGCCCAGGACAUCAUCCAGCAGCAUGCAUGCAAACACCUUGAAUCAACUCCACCAGCAUUUGAAACGACUCUAAGCAAGGCCAAGUACUCCUGCAGCAUCCUGAGCAACCCCAACCCCGGCGACUACGUCCUCAUGGAGGAGGUUUCCAAGGAGACCACCAACAAGAAGGCGUCCACGGGCAAACCCCUCCAGCGCAUCCUCUUCGACCACGAGUGCGUGUUCCAGGCCCAAACCAAGUGGAGAGGAGCGGGGAAGUUCAUCCUCAAGCUGAAGGAGCAGGUUCAGACGGCCCGCGAGGACAAGCGGAAGGGCAUCUCCUUCGCCAGCGAGCUGAAGAAGCUGACGGGCCGCAGCCGCAGCGUUUCGGGCGGGGCGCAGCCCCCCGCGGAGAGCGCGCACAGACGUUUUCCUAAUGGACUCAAAGCCUGGAUGGCAGAAGGCAUGAUGGAGGCAGAGAGACUCCUGGGCGGUGACCCCGCCCGACACGGGCCCCGCCCCCGCGGCCCCGCCUCGUCCCCCUGGUCUUUCCCCCUGCUGCGAAACUGGAAACUGCCAAAAUGAGCCCCGGUUCCCAGACAGCGCAUGCUAAGCGCCACCUGAGGAACACGCUUAUUUAGGAUCGUCCUCCCCCCCCC